CGGAGCUAAUCACAGUUUACAAAGGGAUUAUAGACUAUAAACCAAACUAGAAACUGCCAAAGUCAGGAAUCUCUUUGUUUUUUUCUUUCUCCCAUCACAUCUCUUUCUCUCUCUCUUCACAAUAGUCCUUUGGACAGAACAAAAGAGAGAGAAGAUAGUGAAUAAUGGAAGGCUGCUUUUCUUCGUGAAUCUCAGAAUCUAAAAGACUGUGAGAGAGAUUUGAUAAACCACUUUCAAUUUCUCUUAUUUCACUUCUCUCUCUCUCUCUCUCUCUCUAGCCAUUUAGAAUGAAGAAAAGUUCCACUUUACUCAUCCCCUUCCUCUGUUCUCUCAUCUUCCCCCCCGUGUUGAGCAACCUACUCGUUGAACCGGUCCAACCCAACACUGUACCGGCCUUCCCCGUGGAAACCCAAGCUCAAAGCUGUCGUCUUGACCUCUCAGACGAGCUUUUCGGUGGCGUCAAAGAAGCCUGCGGAAGAAACCUCGACCGGAGCCGAUGCUGCCCUGUUCUAGCCGCGUGGCUCUUCGCAGCUCACGCUCGCUCUGCUCUACAGCUACCAGCUCCUGCUCCGACUCCCGAAUCUUCUGACCCCGACGAACCCAUGAAGCCUGACGACUCGCAGAAGUGCGUCAACACAUUGCAGACCGCGCUUUUGACUAAACAAAUCAAGAUCCCUCAGCCUAACUCCAGCUGCGAUGCAAUCUUGUGCUUCUGUGGCAUUCGUCUCCACCAGAUUAGCUCUCUCUCUUGCCCCGCAGCUUUUAACGUCUCCUCCGGCUUCAAAAACGCAACUCCCACAGCCGCCGUGAAGAAUCUUGAGAAAGAAUGUCGGAACUCAACUUACUCUGGUUGUACCAGAUGCCUCGGCGCUCUUCAAAAGCUAAAGGUUAGAGGAGGAAACAAGAAGACAACAACAGAGAGAGGGAGUAAGAUGAUGAGCAAAGACUGCCAGCUCAUGGGACUCACAUGGCUACUGGCUCGUAACAAAACGGCAUACAUCCCCACAGUUUCUGCUGUGUUAAGAGCCAUUAUGUACAGUCCACACCCACCUCACCUCAACAAGUGCAGUCCUGACCAAGAGAACAUGCCAUUAGCCGUUGACUCUCUUCAGUUUCAGAGGAGCCUCUCUUCAUCAUCCCAUCUUGCUGGUUUUUUACCGUUUUUACCCCUAGUACUCCUCUCUUUCUUUCUCUUUCUUCUGUGAUUUUUAGUAGUUUUAUUUUUGGUCGUCGGGAGGGGUUAAAGAGAGUCACGUGAAGCUACAAGACAUAUUAUGUGUGUAUGUAAAUGCUGUGCUCUUCUCUUUUUUUUUUCUUUUGGUUCUGCAAACUCUAACCCUCAUUUUUUGUUUUUUAACUGUGGUUUUGUCCAAUUUAACACAUUUCCGAGGUC